AUGCCUCGUCGUGCCGCUGAAGGCGGCAAGGCCGCGGAGCGGCCCAGCAGCCGAGACGACGGCGCAUUUCAGGUUAUCACACUGGGCGCGUCAGGCGGACCAAUCGAAGAUAAUGUUACUGGCCUUCUUGUGCGGUCCACAGCCACGAAUUGGAGCAAGAAUUCUGUCGUGGCUGUCGACGCGGGCGUGCUGAUGUCAGGCAUUGCACGAGUCCUCGAUCGUUAUGUGACCACCGAGCGAGACGACAAAACGAAAACCGAAAAGGCCAUAGUCACCGGCGGGCCUUUUUUUGGUCUUGACCUCCCAAAUCUCUCUGCCCGGGCGAAUGCCGCUUACGUAUUUCGGGAGAUCGUUUCCUCUAUCCUUAUUACUCAUGCCCAUCUCGACCAUGUUGCUGGUUUGGCGAUGAAUACACCCGCUGUUGAAUUUCAGUCUGGGCCUAAGACUGUCGCUGCGCUGCCGUCAACUAUCGCAGCGCUUAAGAAUCAUGUUUUCAACGAUCUCACAUGGCCAAAUCUCUCUGAUGAAGAUGGUGGAGCGGGAAUGAUAACGUAUCAACGGCUGGUAGACGGUGGGAAUAUGAGAUUGGGUCGUGGAGACGCGAAGGGCUACGUCAAAGUCUGCGAAGGCCUGGUUACAAAAUGUAUGGCCGUCAGCCAUGGUACGUGCAAGCAACGGUACAACCCAGAAACUGGGAAACAUCAUCGAGCAGAAAGCGCGGUUUUCGAGUCCAUCUUACUUCCAUCCCGGCGAGUAUCAAUAGAUGCAUCAGACAUAAGUAAAGACCCAUCUUUAGCACCAGUGGAGAGCUCCGCUUUUUUUAUCCGGGAUGAAUCGACAGGCGCCGAGAUCCUCAUUUUUGGUGAUGUCGAACCAGAUUCGAUUUCUAUAGAGCCUCGAAAUGCUGGAAUAUGGGAUUCUGCCGCCCAAAAAAUAGCUUCCGGCAUCCUUCGUGCGAUUUUCAUCGAAUGCUCUUAUCCUGAUUCAACCGAGGAUGAGUACCUCUAUGGACAUCUCUGUCCGCGCCAUCUAUUGAAGGAAUUAUUAGUGCUAGCGAGCAAGGUGCUGGAUUGCCAAAAGCCGCUACAAGCGGCAUUUGAAUCUCGAAAACGAAAACGAGCAUCCGUUCCCGGCUUGCCUUUAGAGACUCCGGAACAACCUCUCAGCCCAAAAUCCUUAAGACCCCGUAAGUCGUCGAAAACCCGGGAAGAAACUCCAGGUUCAUCCGGGAAAUCAAGGGCAAAAAGCAUUGGUGAUUAUCAUGAGGCCAAAAAGGCAAUCCAUGUAGGCCCCUCCGAAGCCGAGUCCGAACGGAUGAACGUUGAUGAAGCUACUCCUACCCAACACCAAGCCACAUCGUUACAAGGCUUCCGAGUGUUUAUCAUUCAUGUUAAAGAAUCACUUAUGGACGACGUCUGCCCCAGGGACCAAAUUCUGGAAGAGCUGCGAGACGGAGCCCAAGCACUUUCGUUAGGAUGUGAAUUCUACGCUCCCCUUUCUGGAGAAUCGGUUUUUAUUUGA